GCUCGGCAGCCCCGAGGCUCGCGGUGGCAAGUCGGAAGCGUUCUCACCAGCGAGGCAGCCGCGGCUGGGGCAGCGGCGGCGGGCUGCGGGUUUCGGGCAGGAAGGGAACGGGAAGGGCCAGUCCCGACACCUCGCUCGUCCCUGACGCCGCGGCCAGCCAGCCCGAGCGCGCGACCGGGGACGGGGGGGGGAGGUGUGCGGAGCCCCGACGCUGCCCUGCCCCGGAUUUCGUUUCGCGGCGUGGGGGCUCAGCGAGCGGAAUUCCGGCGGCUGCCGCGACUCCGGUGCAAGUAAAACUUUAGUGAAGGAGUUGUGGCCUUUCUGAUUUUCAAGAGGAGUGACUUUGGUUGGAGCACAGCAGAGGGUUUUACACUGAUUAGAAGGCGAUUGAUGAAGAAAAGUAAUAACAUGGGUCAGGCACACCAUUGAGUAUCUGGUUGGGCAACUUAUGGAAUACAAGACAAGACCCUGCCUCAGGAAGCGUACAUGAGAAUAAUUUUAAAGAACCCUAUUGAUAGAUGCAAAACAGUAGCUGUCAGAGGUGAUGGAAAUGUACAGGAACAGUGGGAGAAGCUGGUAGCUUAUAGGAAGCCAAGAUGACAAGAGUUUUCCUAAAUAAUCUAAGGAAGAAACCUGCUGAAAAAUGAGGUGAAUUAAUGCUUGGGUACUCAGGAACCCUGGACAGCUACAUGAGGUGUUUAAAAACUGCCCUCACCAUCUUGCCAAACAAGUCUCUGCUCAUGAGGCCUAACAACAUGAACCAGCCAAGAAAGGACAGUGUCCUGCCGUGUAGGAACAGUGACUGCUGACCACGGAGAGCAAACUGGGCCAGUACCAUGAAGGAAGUGGUUUAUUGGUCACCCAAGAAGGUGGCAGACUGGUUGUUGGAGAAUGCUAUGCCAGAAUACUGUGAACCUCUGGAACAUUUCACAGGCCAGGAUUUGAUCAACCUAACUCAAGAAGACUUCAAAAAACCCCCAUUGUGCCGAGUCUCUUCUGACAACGGACAGCGGCUCUUGGACAUGAUAGAGACCCUGAAAAUGGAGCACCACAUGGAAGCACACAAAAAUGGCCAUGCCAACGGGCACCUCAGCAUUGGCGUAGAUGUCCCCACCCCUGACGGCAGCUUCAGCAUCAAGAUUAAACCCAAUGGGAUGCCAAAUGGGUAUAGGAAAGAGAUGAUAAAGAUCCCCAUGCCGGAACCAGAGCGCUCCCAGUACCCCAUGGAGUGGGGCAAGACUUUUCUGGCCUUUCUUUAUGCACUUUCCUGUUUUGUUCUCACCACAGUGAUGAUCUCGGUCGUCCAUGAACGAGUACCUCCUAAGGAGGUGCAGCCUCCACUACCGGACACAUUUUUUGACCAUUUUAACCGGGUGCAGUGGGCCUUUUCUAUUUGCGAAAUUAACGGCAUGAUCCUUGUAGGACUCUGGUUAAUUCAGUGGCUGCUUUUAAAAUACAAGUCUAUUAUUAGCAGAAGAUUUUUCUGCAUAGUUGGCACUCUGUACCUGUAUCGGUGUAUUACAAUGUAUGUAACUACACUCCCAGUACCCGGUAUGCAUUUCAACUGUUCUCCAAAGCUUUUUGGGGACUGGGAAGCCCAAGUGCGGAGAAUAAUGAAACUCAUUGCUGGAGGAGGCUUAUCUAUCACUGGCUCUCACAACAUGUGCGGGGACUAUCUGUACAGUGGCCACACGGUCAUGCUGACACUCACCUACUUAUUUAUCAAAGAGUAUUCCCCUCGACGACUCUGGUGGUACCACUGGAUUUGCUGGCUUCUUAGCGUCAUUGGGAUCUUCUGUAUUCUCUUAGCGCAUGACCACUACACUGUGGAUGUGGUGGUGGCGUAUUACAUCACCACAAGACUCUUCUGGUGGUAUCACACAAUGGCCAAUCAGCAAGUGCUAAAGGAAGCCUCCCAGAUGAACCUCCUGGCCAGGGUGUGGUGGUACAGGCCAUUUCAGUACUUUGAAAAGAAUGUCCAAGGAAUUGUACCUCGCUCUUACCAUUGGCCCUUCCCCUGGCCAGUAGUCCACCUCAGUAGGCAAGUUAAAUAUAGCCGGCUGGUGAACGACACAUAACAGCUCUACAAGUGGGGGAAGGAGGAACUGUGUGAAGUGCUAAGAACUCCAUGAGAGAAGAUGCCAUAAAAUAAACACCUCCCUUUUCCUGUUAUCUUUCAACAGUUAACUUGACUUAACCUAUUGAGUUACCUGGUCAGCACUGUGAUCUUUUUUUUCUCUCCAAAGGACCUGCGUUGGACAACAAUAAAGAAAACCUAACCUAUCAUGCACUGUACACAUUUCCUGUUCAUAAGUUUGGGAUUUACAUAAACUCACAGCCACCAUGUUCCUUUGUAUAUGAUAUAGCAGCAUAAAUGUAAGCUUUUUAUAUCAUACGUUCUGGUCUUUCCAGUCAUACCUGGAAAUAAAGCGUAUUAUUUUCUUGGGAAAA